UCUUCUUCUUGUUUCAACAGAUGAAAAAUUAGUAACGAGAGAAGGAAGGAACCUUCGUCCGCCCUCUACUCUGCAAUCAGUUACUGAGAGAGAUCUCGAUAUUCCAAGGCACAGAGAUCAGUGAGAUCACACAUCUCUAAGCUACUAUUAUUUGUCUAAUUUGUAUUCAUUCAAUAAUUUAUCAAAACCAUCGAAGAUUUCUCUUGACUUAAAAAAAAAAAGCUUCUUCAACUUUCCUCUGAUCGCGAAAACGAAGAAAGAAAUCAAACUAAUUUGAGCAAAGUCUCUCUUCUCUGACCGAUCGUUGACUGCUUGGGGUAAGCAUGGGUUGUUGCAAGGCGCCAGCUCUUAUUCAGGCGCAGGUACAAAUGGGUCUGGUCAGUGAAAACGAGCACAAAAGCCUUUUCAGACGAGAUUCAUCAGAUUCCCCUACUUGUUUGAUGGAGCAAGGAGGUUCAUUUUCUACAAGUCUCCGAGUCCACCGUUCACCUAACAACACCUUGCUCCAGAGCUUCAACAUCGUCAUCUUAUCCAAUAAACUCAAUCUCUUGUUGCCUUUCGGUCCUCUCGCUAUUCUACUCCACUACUUGACUGAUAAUAAGGGAUGGGUCUUCCUGUUGAGCUUACUAGGAAUCACACCUUUGGCUGAACGUCUCGGUUAUGCCACCGAGCAAUUGGCUUGCUACACAGGUCCAACUGUUGGAGGCCUCCUUAAUGCUACAUUUGGAAACGUUACAGAGCUGAUCAUAUCUAUUUUCGCUCUUAGAAAUGGAAUGAUACGAGUUGUACAGCUGACUCUCCUCGGCUCCAUUCUCUCUAACAUGUUGCUUGUUCUUGGCUGCGCCUUUUUCUGUGGCGGCCUUGUUUUCUCACGUAAAGAACAAAUCUUUGACAAAGGGAAUGCGGUUGUGAAUUCAGGAUUGCUUUUGAUGGCUGUUAUGGGGCUACUCUUCCCCGCUGUUCUUCAUUACACGCACAGUGAGGUUCAUGCUGGCUCUUCAGAGCUUUCUCUCUCAAGGUUCAGUAGCUGCAUAAUGCUCGUGGCGUAUGCUGCUUACCUUUUCUUCCAGCUGAAGCGUCGUCAGCCCAGUUCUUAUACCCCUCUCACCGAGGAUAUGAACCAGAGCGAGGAAACUUCGGACGAUAGUGAAGAUCCUGAGAUCUCCAGGUGGGAAGCUAUCAUUUGGCUUUCAAUCUUGACUGCUUGGGUCUCUCUUCUUUCCGCCUAUCUUGUGGAUGCCAUAGAGGGGGCUUCAGUCUCAUGGAAGAUACCAAUAUCUUUUAUCAGUGUCAUCUUGCUUCCUAUAGUGGGGAAUGCGGCUGAGCAUGCAGGUGCUAUUAUGUUCGCCAUGAAAGACAAGCUGGAUCUGUCUUUGGGAGUGGCUAUUGGAUCCUCAAUCCAGAUUUCCAUGUUUGCGGUUCCUUUCUGUGUGGUGAUCGGAUGGAUGAUGGGCGCACAAAUGGACCUAAAUUUCCAGCUGUUUGAGACGGCUACACUGUUCAUAACUGUUAUUGUCGUAGCUUUCUUUAUUCAGGAAGGGACAUCGAAUUACUUCAAAGGAUUAAUGCUCAUUCUUUGUUAUUUGAUAGUCGCUGCCAGUUUCUUUGUACAUGAAGAUCCUCACCAAGAUGAUGCAUAAACAAACCCAAACGGUACAACCAAAAUAGAAAGAGUAUGAUGAUCAAGAACGAAGGCACUAUACUACAUGUACAUUUGGAUUUGUUUCAACAAUUUGAAAGUUGCCCCCCAUCUUACGUUUUUGCUGCGCCUUUCUAGGGGACUAAGGCUACAGUUAUGUAAAAUUACAAUGAUAUUAUACGGUUCACACGUAUGUCUUCUUUGUUUAUUGGCAGAUGAUAUAUUUAGCCAUCACGAAAGAACAUAAUGUGGUGUGUGUGUGUCAAACAUUUUGUGUACCUGAAACAUAGAGCCAGAUAAUCUCACCAACAUCAA